GUAGCUGCAGUUCCACUUAACAUUUGUCUCAAAAACGUCUAUAUGUACGUAUCUCUAUUACGAACUUGAUUUAGGUAUCUUUGUAUAUAUAAAAGAGGACAUUUCUUGUCCAAGGAAAAUAAGUUUUUGAUCCUAUUGCGGUCAGUCGUGUCUUGAAGUGGAUCUAGUAUAAAUUAAUUAUAAUGUACAGCAAAAUUUGUAUUUUAUUAUUCAUAUCGUACACUUGUCUCGUGACCGCGGACUCAGUGUCGUUCAUCAAAAAAUGUAAAUGGGACGAUGGUAAAUGUGCUAAGGAAUCAGGUCAAAGUGUAUUACAGAAGUUUGCUGCUGGUAUAUCAGAAUAUAAUGUGGGGGUAUCUGAUCCUCUUCAGAUCGAUUAUGUAGACGCUAGUUCACCAAACAUGAAAUUGAUUGUCACCGAUGUUGUGGUCACCGGACUGAGGAACUGUGAGAUCAAGAAGAUUCAGAGAUUCGAAGAUAACUCAAAGUUGAUCGUCAAACUCCUGUGCUCUGCUGAAUUGAAUGGAAAAUAUGACAUGAAAGGACAACUCUUCGUUAUUCCCAUUGAAGGCAACGGUGGUCUAUAUUCUAAAGUCCCCAAGAUUCUAAUCAACGCAGAAGUUGAUUUAAAUGUCAAGAAAGGCAAAGACGGCAAGGACCAUUGGAUUGUGAAGUCAUGGAGGCACACAUUUGAGCUGAAGGACAAAUCUACUGUCAAAUUCGAGAACUUGUUCCCUGAUAAUGAAUUUUUGAGAACAUCCACCAACGAACUGAUUGCUCAGAACGGUAAUGAUGUGAUCAUCGAAAUUGGAGCUAAUCUCAUCAAAGCUAUAGUCGCUAAAGUUGUGGAGAACAUCAAGAGAUUCUUCCUCGCAGUACCAAUAGAAGACCUUUCGCUUUAAAUGAACACUGAUGCCAAUUAUAGUACACAUGCACUUGACAAAAUUUUAACACACAAACACUAAAAUAAAUUAAAUUGUUUUUAUGACUA